AUGAAGGACCUGGCUCCGAACGUAGUUACGGGUCCACUGGAACGUGGGCGCCGCAAAUACCAGCAGAAAGAAUAUCAAGCGGCUUUGGCACCCUUCACAGAAGCAGUUGAUAUGAGUACCGGACAUCUCCUCCUCACUGCAUUAGACCACAGAGCUGCAGCAUAUGAGAAACUAAAACAGUUUCAACCAGCUCUGAGAGACGCAAAGCGGAUGAUUGAGACAAAGCCGGACAGUUCGAAGGGUUAUCUAAGAUGUGGUAAAAUUCUACAGCUAAAAGGAGAGGAUGAACUCGCGCUGAAGAUAUACGAGCGUGGAUUGACAAAGGUCAAAAUUGGAACUGACAAUGACCGCACACUGCUCCAAACCAUGUUCAAUAAAGUGAGGCGGGCUUUAAAUCCCAGCAAGAGCCUUGACCCGUUGCAGUAUCUACCUUUGGAGAUCGCUGAAAUGAUAUGUCACAACCUGGCAGUGCGAGAAAGAGUUGUCUGUCUUGCGGUCUCAAAACCAUGGAAACGCUUACUAGAGUCUUCACCCAAACUUUGGACCACUCUUGAUACGACCUACGCCAAAAAGAAUGUCAGCCUUUCGUCGUUAAAAGCAUAUACUAAGCGCUCAAACUACAAGCUCGACAGAGCUAUACUCUCUAAUCGUUGCCUUGUUGAGGUCCGAGGAAGUACUAUGAUUGGAGAAUCUCUGAAAGCUUCGCUCCCAUUUGCACAGAGUCUAGAGUCCAUCGUCUUAUCGAAGAAUACUAUUAUAGGGAUCAAUUCUGCUCAACAAGCACUUGAAUGUUGCAGGACAACUUUAACUCAUGUCAAGUUUCUUCAUCUCAAGGGUAGUAGGCUGGCCGGUGCCGGGACUUGGCCUAUGCUUCCCAAGUUGAAAAGUUUAUGCCUCAAGGCAGAGGGAGACUAUUUAUUAGAUGUUUCGGAGCUUGCCAAAGCUACUAGUGGGGUCAUGUCGGUAGCGUUGAAGGGCUGGCGUCUUCAAAAUAUCCAUGGAAUUGAGGAUUGGACAGCUCUUCAGGAUCUCGACCUCAGCAACACGGAAUUCUCACUGUUACCGAUGCUCCCUGCAACUCUGAGGCGCCUCAUCCUCCGAGACAGCCGGCAGUUAGAAGGGUUUAAUAUACCUGAGGGUAAAACACUAUCACUUCCACUUCUCGAAACCUUUGACUGUGCUGGGACGCCCUUAGACAGCUUUUGGGUUAAUGAAGUACUUGAAGCUUCCAUCAAACACGGUAAACUUCGCGUUCUCUCGAUUGGAAAUCGGUUGGUCCACGAGCCUGGGCAUAUGAGCGCCGCUCAAUGGGCGGAAGAAUUCCCUCUGAGUCUGACCUUGCGUGAACUUUCACUAGCCGCCUCGCUUCUUGACGAAGCUGGUUUGAUGAGAGUAGUUCAGGGCUAUCCACAUCUUCGGGUGUUGGAUGUCUCCUACACAAACGUCACUGGCGUGGCUGUCAAACGGUUCGUCAAGAGUGGGAUAAAGCAUCUCAAACUUGACGAAUGUAACCAUAUUAGUCUUGAUGCGAUAGACUGGGCGAGGAGCCAGGGAGCUCAUGUUGACUUUAACUUCGCACAGCGUCCGAAUAUUAGAACGUUUCGGGAUGCAUUUGUCUGA